AACAACCAAACAACCCCUUAAACACAUUGAGAUCAACAAUUCUGAAAAUACAACUUCCAUUGCAUUUUGUACAAUCACCUAUAGCAUUGUUCGUCCUUCAAACUUUCCCUUUAAAUCACUAAUCACUUUCCAAACACCACACAAACCCGCAUGCUUAUUUUCCAUUAUCCUUUUCAUCCAUUUUUCUUCACUGGUAUUAACUGAUAAUUCAUUUUUCACUUUUCCAGUGAAACAUUUAUUUACUUACUUGAUAAAAAUGGCACACAGAGAAGGUGAAGUAGUGUGUGUAACGGGAGGCAGUGGUUAUAUUGGUUCAUGGCUGGUCCGUUUUCUACUUGAACGUGGAUACACCGUUAAUGCCACCGUUAAAGAUCUCAAUGAUGAGAAAGAGACGAAGCAUUUGCUUGCAUUAGAAGGGGCUGAAUCCCGUCUUCGUCUUUACCAGAUUGAUCUGCUUAACUAUGAUUCCAUUGUACCUGCUAUUACUGGUGUUGUUGGUGUUUUUCACCUUGCUUCACCUUGUAUUGUUGAUGAAGUUAAAGAUCCUGAGAAUCAACUUCUGUCGCCAGCAAUCAAAGGCACUAUUAAUGUACUUACAGCGUCAAAGGAGCUCGGGGUUAAGCGUGUGGUGGUGACUUCAUCUAUAUCUGCCAUCAUCCCAAGUCCUAAUUGGCCAGCUGAUCGUAUCAAGAAUGAGGAUUGCUGGACUGAUAUUGAAUACUGCAAACAGAAUGGGGUAUGGUAUCCUCUGUCAAAAACACUUGCUGAAAAAGAUGCUUGGGAAUUUGCCAAGGAAAAAGAUUUAGAUAUUGUUGUGGUGAAUCCAGGAACUGUAAUGGGCCCUAUUCUUCCACCAACACUUAAUGCCAGCAUGCUCAUGAUUCUUCGUCUUCUUCAAGGCUGCACCGAUACAUAUCAAGAUUUCUUUAUGGGAUUAGUCCAUGUCAAGGAUGUGGCAUUAGCUCAUAUUCUUGUUUAUGAAAACAAAUCAGCAAAAGGAAGGCACCUGUGUGUUGAAGCCAUAACUCACUAUGGUGACUUUGCGGCUAAGGUUGCGGAGCUUUACCCUGAAUAUAACAUUCCUAGGUUGCCAAAAGAUACUCAACCCGGACUAUUAAGGGCCAAGGAUGGAGCUAAGAAGUUGAUGGAUUUGGGACUGCAAUUUAUUGAGAUGGAGCAAAUAAUUAGGGACUCUGUUGAGAGUUUGAAGAGCAAGGGAUUUAUUUCUUAAAUGUCCAUAGUUGUUGCUGUAUCUGGAACUAUAGUGACGAGCUUUUACAUGUUGGUCAAUUUGUACUAGCCGUAAGUAAAUGGAACCUAGAUAAAACUAUUUAUAAUUUGACCAAUUUCGUAGUUCUGCUGUAAAGUAAGUGAUUUCUAUUUUUAAUUUUAUAAAGCAAGUGAUUUCUACUUUUAA